AUGCGAUGCGCGAACAAGGCCGCCGAGAGCGCGUCUGCACGUCUCUGUGCGGACGCCGAAGCAGAAACCACAGCAACUGAUGUCUCAUCGGUUGCUGAAGCGACCCAGCCUGUGUCACUUGGUGAUGCAGGCGCUGGUCAUGAAGACACUCGUGUCUUCACAGAGUACGAGCUCGGUGUCUCGUACUCUCCUGAUAUGGAUGACGGAUCCGUAUCGACAGCGAUUGAAUCCAAGCCGCCUGCCAAGCGUGGCAUGGACGAUGCUUUGCGUCGCAGCAUCUUUGGUUCAUCUGAUUCAUCAGAUGAACCAUCGCCGAAGCGAAGGCGCUCGAGGUCGCGAGACUCGGGCGCUAAUAGUGGUGUCGGUUCUCCUAGGGACACCACUUCACAGCGAGGUGCCAGUACUUCUGUCGGCACGUCGCAGGAAGAGCGGGACCGCAAUGUCUUGCGUCUCGCUCCAGAAAAGAAGGCAUGGAUGCCUCCAAAAUCCGUCAUGGAUCACUUGUCGGCGACGACGAGUGAUCGUUAUCGAACACGAUUGUUCGAUUCGUCAAGGAUCCAUCACCUUGACCCCAGCGCGAAAAACUAUCGCGCUGAACAUGAAUUCUUCAUCGAUGCUUUCUUUAGACAUCGAUGGUACAGUGGGAAUCACAAACGUGAUGGUCCCUCACUACUGCAAGCGUGGAACGCCUACAUCCAUAACCUUGAGGAUGUAGGUCGUGAAGCUUGGAACGACAAACUUAUCAAAUCUCGUGAUAAGUUUGAAAAGCGAGCCCCGACAGGCCCUAAUAGCCCGUGGUGGCGCGUACGUAUCUCUAGUGAGAUGUACGAAGGGAUUGACAACUUGAAAUCCCUUUACGACCGUGCCGGGAAGACUUUCUCCGGCGGUCCUUCUGCGGCACAGGAUGUGCCGCGUCGUACUGCUCAACCAGACCCAGUACGUCAACCAUCAGUUGGGAGCGGGGCUCCCAAGAAUCCCAGGACGGGGGAUAGCCGCGCCACCGGACGAGAUAACUCGUCCGACGUCCGUUCACGUUGCGUUGGUUCAACAGCUGCUCAACUAGAUAGCGCUGGCCACCGCGAGAGUCCUCUAAUGGAGGUGGAGGAGGAGGAAAGACGCUCUCCACACGAUCAUGUGGAUCGGUGUGUUCCCGAGAGCUUCUUUGAUCGCCUUGAUAACGAGAGAGCUUUGACAUCUCUGCGUGACGAGCUAAGGGUAGCUCGUGGGAUUGCUGAUCGGUCUCGGGAUGAGAUAGCUGCUCUUCAGACCCUUGUUGAUGCCCACCAUCGGGAGCACAAGGCUCUCUGCGAGAUGCUUGAGCGCAAGGGCGUUCUUCAUCGGAAGAAGCAGCGUACUGAUGGUACGGCUUAA